CCUUCUCACCCUCUAAAAUCCCCAUUCUACCCUCCAAUUCACUCACUAAUUCCACCCACUACCCCUACCCCCUCCCUCAAUGGACUGGUACACUAGACCUCCGCCUUCCCGAACCCGAGACCGUCCUUCCUUCUCCUCCUCCCUCCUUGACGCCAUCUACCGCUCCAUCGACCAACCCGACUCCGCCACGUCACUCAACAAACAAAACCGCGGCGCAACAGACCAUCCCCUAUCCGAUAAAAUCACCACCCCGGUGAUCCCAACUCCGUUACCUCGCCGCCACUCCUUCGUCUCCACCUCAACCUCCUCAGACUCCAUCUUCUCCUCCUCCUCCUCCUCCUCCUCCUCCGCUAAAACCACCACGCCGGUGAUCCAGAAUCCGGUGCACCGCCGCCGCUCCUCCUCAUUGGACCGAGAUCCACCGCCUCCCGAGAAGAAAUCGAUCCGAAGCCGACUUCGAGAGCUACGAAAAUCCAAAACCCCCGCAUCACCAGGAUCUCGACUUGCGAGCUUCUUGAAUUCCCUCUUCGCCUCCGCCUCCAGCUCUAAGAAAUCAAAGGUUAGGGCUUCAUCGCCGGAGGAACCGGAGAUGAGGUCAUGCCUAAGCAAGACGCCAUCAUCGGCGGGGAGGAGCAGCGGGAAGAGGUCUGUUAGGUUUUGGCCGGUGGGGGUCCUCGUCGGCGAGGAUUGCCAGCCGUGUGGAUCGAGGUGGAUCUACGGCGGAGAUCGCGCGACGAGGAUGGCGGAGAUGAUGAGAGGGCUUGAUGAAGAGGAGAAUGGUGAUGACGUGGCGAGCGAUGCGAGCUCGGAUUUGUUUGAGCUGGAGAAUCUAACGGUCGUUGGAGGUGGGUUUAGUGAUGAGCUUCCUGUUUAUGAAACCACGUAUUUGAGAACUAAUCGCUCUAUUGCUUCUCGGGUUUUGUGAAUAAUUUUAAUUUCUCGAAAAUUUGAGGGCGUAUUUGGAAAUUAAUGGGAUUUUUUUUGUUAUGAGGGGUUAAUUGUGAAUAAUUUUAUAUUUGGAGAUUGGAAUAGAGUUAUUAUGAGAUGUUGUUUUAGUUUUUUA